CCUCACUGUAAGUCAUUUCCCCAGCGAUACAAAAACAAACUAGAAACCUUGUUUGAGCAUUUCACACCUGACACAGACGAAGCUUUGUGUGUUGAAGUGGGUCUGCUCUGAGGAUUUAAGAGGUGUACAGGUGUAGAUACAGUCCAGAAAGAUCGGCAUCAUGAGUGGUUCUGCCUCUGUGCCAAAGUGUCCAGUCUGCCAUAAGUCAGAUGUGAAAAAGUUGGAUGGGCAGUGUGUCUUGUGCCUGCACUGUUCCAGCUGGCUGCGCCGUGUGUAUCGGUUCUGUGGGGCCUGUCUGAGAGAGUGGUCAAGUGACUGUCCGGUGGACUCUACCUGCAACCUGCCCAAUUGCGCUCUCCGCGCUGCCCUGCUCUCUACCAACCGCAUCAAUAACCCUAAAUACUCUGUAAAUGGAUGCCCUUAUUUCAGGGCCUGUCCCACCUGUAGGGCUCUGCUCACCCAUACUGGACAAGGCUGCCCCAACAUUGUCUGCCCUCAGUGCCACACAAGUUUCUGCUUCCGCUGCCUUCAUCAGAUUUGCAAUGGCAUUGGCAUUGUAGAUUUAAACUUCAGACUGCAAGGCCACAGAAUUGAGCGAUGCACUAUAGUGGAAAACAGCAUGUCUCUUACUGCGCUUGGCUUGUAAUUGAGUUUAUAGCAGCUAAACACAUGAUUUUUUACAUUGGUCUUUCUUCCUUUCUUUCUUGUGAACCCCAACUCUGCUCUUGAAACCCACCAAUCAGGAGUCCCAUUCCUAAACCUAUAUCAUAAUAAUCUCAUAAAUAUCAUAAAAAUGAUUUCAUAACAUAAUCAGGACAUCUGAACAUGGGCAGAGUUGGGCUAAGAGUUAAGACCACAAUCUGGUCUUCUUGUUACUGUUCAUUACUGAUUGCUUCAGUUCUAACAGAAUCAAUAAACCUUUGAUUUGUGAGUAUGA